AUGUUCACUGUGAGAGCGCUGGAAGGGUUACUGUCUCUUGGCGCAAUCGCUUAUGGAUUUUUCGCUUUCGCCUGGCUCAUUGUGGAUGAAAUCGCGAGGCGGAAUGGAGUGAUAAUCACCGGACCCCAUCGCUUCCAUUCGAACCGACUUUACAUGGUCUACGAGGCGCUGCUCACUUUGAUGGUGACCCUCAACAGUGUCCAUUAUGUCGUCAGAAAACUUGGCAGCUACCAAAGGUCUAUCUAUAUAUUCGUCCCACUUGUAUGCACAGUAGUCAUGGCUAAAUUUCUCACCGAGAUCUUCACUAUCACAAUGUCGGCUCUCACCACGCUGGUCUACUUUAAUCAUCUGCCGAGAAAUACUCGUGCAGUCAGAAAUUGGUCGAGAAAGUUCAUGACGUCAGCGUUAGUGGUGGCAUCUGGAUUCGUGGCUAUUAAGGAGAUGAUCAUGAUGACUUGGGCACUCGUCUUGUACUUUUCCGAUGUCAACUAUCUCCAGGAAUUCUGUUUCUGCUACUUGGGACUCCAUUUGUCGAUUCAAUUCUUCUUCUGGACGAGUAUCAUUCUCUACGUGGCCAACUAUAGACCAUUCUUUGUGAUGUCCCGUUCGGAGCAGCACAUGGUUCGCCUAUCCAUCACUUUUGCCUCGAUGCGAGUGGUCCCAACAUUCAGCAUCUUCAUCCUCUGGCAUGUCGGAAUUCCCAGUCAUGCGGUUGUGAUGAUCUUCAUUCUAUGGGACACCAUCUACCUCCCGAUUUCCGUCAGAUUACGCCAGAUUUCGGAUGACAUCGACAUCAUCCAAAGCUUGAGACUCAAGAAGGUCUCCCCCUCCAAUGUUUGA